AUGCAGAAGUUGUCUUUAAGUUAAUGCGGAGCAGUCAUUAGCAAUUUUAAUUUUCCGGUUUCAGGUGGCAAGCAUUAUCUGUGAUACAUUAUAUGCUAGAGGAGAAAAAGGCACCCUCUGCUAAGAAAUGCACGAAUAGUUCACUUAGCUCCUGAUCCAUUUGGAGGCAUUAUGGAAUUCAAAGCCCAGAACAAUGGGCUCUAUUUAAUAUUAAACGUGUUCUUAAUAAGCCACAGUUUCUCUCCAGAGCUGUUGGAAGGUCCCUCUUGGGCAUCCAGAAUCGCUGUAACAGUUCCCGUGAAGUUGUAAGCAACUCCCCAAGACCAAGUCGUGUUAAAUUUAGAAGUCACUCGAAUCACCUGAUUGUCGGUGAGCCCCGAUCGAAGAAUUCCCAAGUCUAUCCUUGUCCUCCCCAUCUCUCUUAUCUAGAUUUACAGACGCAGUUAUCCGCGUGGCUCGGGGUUCCCCGCCCGCAGCUCCUGGAACCUGGCCCGGCUGAGGACGCCCUUCUAGCGCCGGGAACUGGCGCUCACGGGGCACUCCCCCAAGCCGAUGCCUGGGCGCGACCUCCUGGCACUCCCCCCGCCUCCGACACUCAGCUGCCGACCCUUACGCCAAACUGGGGCGUGCCGCGAGCCUCGCCUUCUCUCCCAGGGUGCGGGGCCCCACCCCUUCCCCGUGUCCGCCAGUCCCCGGGCCCGCGGCGAGGUGAAUGGGAAGAUGGAGAUGGAUGUUGAGGGAGUUUCUCCGCGCGAGGAUCCCAUCCCCCGCUCCCAGGGGGCUGGCGGAGCCUGCCAAGCGCCGCCACAGCCGCCCCAGCCCCAGCCCCAGCCCCCGCCGCCGCCGCAGCAGCCGGCUCCGGAUGAACCGCCCGGCGAGAGCGCGGGCACGGAGGACAGCGACGAUCCCGAUCCUGAGGCGAGACCUGACAGCGAGAAGGGAGAGAGCAAGAGAACCUCAUCCAGCAAGUCAUCUGGUGUUCCUUCCUAUAGCAGAUGGUCAAGUUUCCAGCCACAUCAGUCCAGCUCCACAGUGAGAGCCUAUCAAACCAGUAAGUCACGAGUGACCAUGAGCCCUGGCUUCAGCUCCCAGUGGAACAGCAGCCAACCCGCCUGGAAUACAUACUCCUUUCCAAGAGCAAGCUUGCACUAUCAGACCCAUGCCACGUAUACCUACUGUACUGGACACCCUGCUUCCUAUGCACCAGCUCCCCACCCCAUGGCUCCUCCCAGCCCCAGCACAAACAGCAGCAGCAACCACAGCAGCAGCAACAGCAGCGGGGAACAGUUGAGUAAAACCAACCUGUACAUUCGAGGCCUCCCACCAGGCACCACUGACCAGGACCUAAUCAAGCUGUGCCAACCGUAUGGAAAAAUUGUAUCCACAAAGGCAAUCCUCGACAAAAACACAAAUCAGUGCAAAGGGUAUGGUUUUGUAGAUUUUGACAGUCCGGCAGCUGCACAGAAAGCAGUAGCAUCUCUCAAGGCAAAUGGCGUGCAGGCACAGAUGGCCAAGCAACAAGAGCAAGACCCAACCAACCUAUACAUCUCAAAUCUCCCCAUUUCUAUGGAUGAGCAGGAACUUGAGAAUAUGCUGAAACCCUUUGGACAUGUCAUUUCCACAAGAAUACUCAGAGAUGCUAAUGGAGUCAGCAGAGGUGUUGGCUUUGCCAGAAUGGAGUCUACUGAAAAAUGUGAAGUGGUAAUUCAGCAUUUUAAUGGAAAAUAUCUGAAAACACCACCAGGCAUCCCAGCCCCUAGUGAGCCUUUACUGUGCAAAUUCGCUGAUGGAGGACAAAAGAAGAGACAGAAUCAAAGUAAAUACACCCAGAAUGGAAGGCCUUGGCCCAGGGAAGGAGAGGCUGGCAUGGCUCUGACCUAUGACCCCACAGCCGCCAUUCAGAAUGGAUUUUAUUCUUCACCGUACAGUAUUGCAACCAACCGCAUGAUUCCACAGACAUCCAUCACGCCAUUCAUUGCUGCUCCCCCUGUCUCCACAUACCAGGUCCAGAGUACUUCAUGGAUGCCUCAUCCGCCAUACGUUAUGCAACCAACAGGUGCUGUGAUUACGCCAACGAUGGACCAUCCUAUGUCAAUGCAGCCGGCAAACAUGAUGGGCCCCCUGACACAACAGAUGAAUCAUCUUUCUUUGGGCACAACAGGAACGAUUCAGUCCCAAGACAGGAUUAUGAUACUCCACCAGCUGUUGUGUCAGUAUAUGACUGCUGCUGCUCCUAUGCAAGGGACCUACAUUCCCCAGUACACACCUGUGCCUCCGACAGCUGUUUCCAUUGAAGGUGUUGUUGCUGAUACCUCUCCCCAGACAGUGGCACCUUCAUCCCAGGACACAAGUGGGCAGCAGCAGCAGAUAGCAGUGGACACAUCCAACGAGCAUGCAUCUGCAUAUUCUUACCAACAGUCUAAACCAUAAACAAUACUGAAGAAUGUCUGUCUGAAACUCGGCCUUGAAUGAAGAAACUUCAUUGAACAAGAAGUUGGCUUCCAGUUUUGCACAGGCGUCAAUGGAAUGCUUUUCUUUUUUAUUUUAUUUUUUUAAUUUUCUACUUUACUCAAUGAAAAUGAAGUGUUUUUAUGUGCUGUGCAAAUGGUUCCUUCAUGUGGUUUGACAGGCUUUUUUUGCCAUCUUUUUUUUUUUUUCAACUAAAGAAAAAAGAUACCAGAAGAGGACAAAAACAAUAACAAACAAAGCAAAACAUGGAAGAUUGACAUUUAUCUGGAAGAACAUUUGAAUGCAGAAUUUACCUGAAGGUGUAGAUAGAUUUUUUUUUUUUAACAGAAAAUCUGAUGUCAAGAGGUAGGCAAGCAGAAAUGGAUAAAAAUUGUCUUCCUCAGUAAUUAAGCUACUCUUUCUUUUUCCUUUCUUGUUUAAAUCUAGUGGGUUGGGUUUUUUAUUUUAUUUUUUUCUUAGAAAUAUUUAGGUAAGGUUUAUCUUGAAUCUUAAUUGCCUUAAUUUUAAGGACGUCAAAGGCUCUCGAGGCAAGCUGUCAACGUCUUGUUAAAAAAAAAAAAAUCAAGAAAGAAUUGAAAUAUUGUGCCAGCUUUCACUGGUACAGAAGUUUAAGACUAUGAGUUUUUAGGGUGAAAAAAAAAACUGUACAGUUUAAAAGAAAAUGUUUUUCUUCAUUUGAAGAAAAUUUGUUGAUAAAAGAAACCAUGGCAACUGCAAGAAUUGGGGAAAUGCUGGGACUUUUCAUGAACUUUGUCUUAAGUGUUGAAUCAUUCUAGAAGGCUAAAACAUUUUACGGUAAAGUUAUUAAUGUUGGUUUAAAAACAACUGCAUUAGAAAUAAUGCGUGUUUGGGGGGCAGAAUGCAGAUUUUUUUUAUUUACAAAGCGUGAUCGCUAGCAAAAGCAUUAGUGCUUUUUAUCUGCAGUCUUUUUUAUGAGCUUUACAAAGUUUUUAGUCAGCUUUGCUUGUCACAUUGCAAAACCUAGCUUAAGAGCAUUAAACAAACAAAAAACUUAGGUAGAUAGGAGCUUGUGGUCAAAAAGUGCAAAAAAAACCACAAAAAAAAAACACAAAAAAAGCAAUAGAUAGAGAAAUUGUUGACAAUUUCUGUAGUCUUUCCUAGUUGUGAUCAAAUUCAGCCUAUGGAUGGCCUAUUUUAUACCAAAGAUGAAGUGGCACCCUAUUGCAGUCCAGAAGAUAGAGAUUGUUUUUCUUUUCUUCUUUUCUUUUUAAAAUUUUAUUUGACCUACAUGGCCGGACCAGUUCUUACUUUGUUGUUUGUUUAAACUACCUUCCACUGAUGUUUUACAUACUGCAAAAAAAAAAAAAAAAAGUUUUUUUUAUUUUAAAUGUAUAUUUGUUGAUGGUAGAAGCUUGUUCCUGCAUAUUCAGCAAUUUCAUCAUGAAGAGUUCUGGAUACCAACCAAAUGGCUUUCAAUUCCAUGAGCUUUUCUGGUUCCUUCCUAGCUCUCUUGAAUGUGAAACCUGUGUUGAUGGCCACAAUGAGCUAAGACACUUACUUAACAGGUUUAAAUUUCUUUAUAUGAAUUUUGAACUCAAGAUACUUCCUGAACUGGUCUGAAAGAUCACUUGUCAAAAAAGCUUAGUGAUACUCUGUUAAGUGCUGAGUGGUCCCCUGAAAAGGUCUUUAUUGUAUUUCUAACAAUAGUCUUCCUCUUAAGCUCUUGCACUUCUAGAUUCUGUCUUCUCACCUCCAUCUUUGUCAUCAUCCACUAUAAAUAGCCACCUUGACUCUGCAACUGGGUGAGAAUAUCUCUCUUUUUUGCCUCCUUUCAUUGUUUUUUCAUAUCCUGGUAUUGUCAGAAGAAAGACAAGAUAGAUUUUUUAAAUUUCAGUUUAACUCUCUGAGGCAAGUAGAACCAAUAAGAUUGAGGAUUCCGUUAGUGGAAUUUCGGUAAGCUUUUGAUGCUAGUUGACAAUCAAGAAAUUGUAUGACUUAUAAGAACCAAAACAAUAAGAUUUGAUCAAUCAUUAAAGCCAAAGGAGAUAUAUUUGCAUUGAGAAUGAUAUGAAACUUUGUCUAAAAUGAAUUAAAUCAAUUUAUGAAAUAUCUCUGCAUAUUCAAUUCAUGAAAUCCAUGUUCAUCCUGUACAGUUUUACCUGAUUAAGUA